AUGGAGGAAUAUUGUGUUCGUGCUGUCUUUGUAAUGGACGCAGGAGUGGGGCCUAUAUGCCGUCCUUGUGUGGAAUCAAGGAAGUCCGAGGAAAAUUCAAAUAUCGUAGUUGGCAAAAGAGUUAGGUCCCCUAGGCCAGUGUUGCUCUCCAACCCACUCAGUACUUCUGAUCUGGAUCAGCGAUUGCAUAAGUUAGUUUUUGAGGAAAACGGAUUGCCUGAUGGAACUGAAGUAGCUUAUUAUACACGUGGACAGGUUUCAAAAUGGGCUCUGGAAUUGUUUGUCGGUGCUGCAACACAGAGAUCAGCCCCUCACAGUUUGAGGUCCAUGCAGGAUGGUCUUCUCGCAAGAAACCGUGAGUCCAAGUUACCUAUUAGGCGAGAGUGUGCAGCUCUGUCUAGUAUUCCGAGUGGUGACUGGUACUGUCAAUUUUGCCAAAACAUGUUCCAGAGAGAAAAGUUUGUGGCACACAAUGCCAAUGCAGUGGCAGCUGGAAGGGUAGAAGGAGUUGAUCCUAUUAAACAGAUUACUAAUAGAUGCAUUCGCAUAGUCAAAGACAUUGAAACUGAGCUUAGUGGGUGUGCUUUAUGCAGGGCUGUUGAUUUCAGCAGAUCUGGCUUUGGUCCACGUACAAUAAUACUUUGUGACCAGUGUGAAAAAGAAUAUCAUGUUGGCUGUUUGCGGGAUCACAAGAUGGCAUAUUUAAAGGAAUUGCCAGAAGGUAAUUGGCUUUGUUGCAAUGGUUGCACAAAAAUACAUUAUACUUUGGAUAACCUUUUGGUUAGGGGAGCUGAGAGACUCCCUGAAUCUAUCUUGGGUGUUAUAAAGAAGAAGCAAGGGGAAAAGGGAUUACAACCCAUCAAUGAUAUUGAUGUAAGAUGGAGGCUUCUUAAUGGAAAAAUUGCUUCUCCUGAAACUAGACCAUUGCUUUUGGAGGCUGUUUCAAUCUUUCAUCUGACCUCCCCUUACACCGUUAUCUGCUAUGCCCGUUCAUGUUUAGACAAGGUUGGUUUUAUCAUGGCCACAGCAGUCAAAAUUGCAAUCUUCCUUUCAAAAAAGCUUGUUCUAGAGUGUGAUUAUUGGGGUUGCACCAUCUUAGAUGUAGUAGUGUCAUCGGAUGACCCACCCCACUAUGCAACACAAGAAGCCAUUUCGGGGAGUUGGGGAGGGUUAGGGGGAUUAGUGGGCGUGACCUUAUUCCAGCCAUGGUUUAUGGUUAAAGUAUCAUCCACAUACAGGAGGAAUGUGCGUGGUCAGGAGUUUGGAGAAAUGUAUUGUGCAUUACUAAUAGUCAAUUCAACUGUGGUAUCUGCGGGCAUGCUUCGAAUUUUUGGCACAGAUAUUGCUGAACUCCCUCUAGUUGCGACAAGCAACGGGAAGCAUGGAAAGGGCUACUUUCAAACACUCUUCUCCUGCAUCGAGAGGCUGCUAGCUUUCUUGAAUGUGAAGAACCUUGUGCUGCCAGCUGCUGAAGAAGCAGAAUCCAUAUGGACAGAUAAAUUUGGGUUUAGCAAGAUGAAACCAGAUCAGCUUACCUACUAUAGAAAGAACUGUAAUCAGAUAGUAAGUUUCAAAGGGACAAGUAUGCUGCAUAAGAUGGUGCCUCCGUGUCGGAUUAUCAAUAAUCAAUCUUGA